GAGCUGGGCUACGACCGGAUGCCCCCGCUGGAGCGCGGGCGGCCGGAUGUGGGGAGCUAUGCCCCGGACACCAAGCCCAGUGACCUUCAGCUGUCUUCCAGGCUGCCCCCGUGCUUCAGCCACAAGACGUGGGUCUUCUCCGUGUUGAUGGGGAGCUGCCUGCUUGUGACCUCGGGGUUUUCCCUCUACCUGGGAAAUGUGUUUCCUUUGGAGAUGGAUUACCUACGCUGUGCUGCAGGCUCAUGCAUCCCCUCAGCCAUUGUGAGCUUUGCUGUCUGGAGGAGAAACGUCAGCGCGAUUCCCAACUUCCAGAUACUGUUUGUGUCCACGUUCGCCGUCACCACGACAUGUUUGAUCUGGUUUGGAUGCAAACUUGUACUGAACCCGUCAGCAGUAGAUAUCAAUUUCAAUCUGUUUCUGCUGCUUCUGCUGGAGCUUUUCAUGGCGGCCACGGUGAUCGUCUCUGCGCGGUCCGGCGAGGCGCACCGCAAGCAGAAGGGCUGCACCUCCGAGAGCACCAACAUUCUGUAUGAAGUGACAUUUCCUGCUCGGGUCCUGAAAUCCUAUUCCGUCAUCGAGGUGAUUGCCGGUGUCUCCGCCAUCCUUGGAGGGGUCAUCGCUCUGAACGUGGAUGAAGCCAUCUCGGGCCCGCACCUUUCGGUGACAUUCUUUUGGAUCUUAGUGGCCUGUUUUCCAAGUGCCAUUGCCAGUCACGUGACAGCAGAGUGUCCCAGCAGAUCUCUGGUGGAGGUGCUGAUAGCCAUCUGCAGCCUCGCGGCCCCGCUGCUGUUCACGGCCUCGGGGUACCUGUCCUUCAGCGUAAUGAGAAUCAUGGAUGUCUUUAAAGAUUACCCGCCAGCCUUCAAGCCAUCCUACGACGCGCUUCUGCUGCUGCUGAUGCUGGAGCUGCUGCUGCAGGCGGGCCUCAACACGGCCACGGUCAUCCAGUGCGUGCGCUUCAAGGCGGGCGCAUCCUGGGACGCCACGCAGACUGGCCCGCAGGGACGCCCGGCGGGAGAGGUGGCCAGAAGCCCCCUGAAGGAGUUUGACAAGGAGAAAGCGUGGAGAGCCGUCAUGGUGCAAAUGGCCCAGUGA